CUAUAUAAAUAUGGGUAGAUUCAAAGAAAGUUAGUUUAGUUUUUGCGACUUCAUUCCUGACAAUACACUUUAUUAAAGAACAUGUCAUUUUUUCGCAAUAUUUGGGUACUUGCUUUAAUUGCUUUAGCCAUCGUGACCUUGCCGAUAAACGCUACUGGAAAUGACAACAGUCCACCACCACAAGAUUUAAACAAUCAGUUUGACGACGUAAAUGAGAUGGAAACUCAACGUACAUUGGAGAAAAUUCAGGAAUUGGAGAGAAAAGUAAAGGAGAAUGAACAACAACUUGAAAAAACACGCAAAAAAAUUAAACAAACGGAGGAAAGAGGUUAUUAUUCAACCUCUGAAUCAGAAGAAGAACCUCCCAUCCUUAAAGGAAAGAACGAGGCACCAUCAUCAUCGAAUUCACGUGGCAAAAAACAAAAAAAUGUAAGAAAACGUCAAUCUUCAAAAAAGCAGAAAUGAUAUCAUUAUUACGCAAUGAAUAAAUGAUUAUUAUAAAGAUCUAAACUGCAAAUAAAAUAUUCCAAUACAGUAUUUGA